GCGCAGAGGCGCGUAUUUCAAAUCGCCUCGUCGAUUUAGGCUUUCCAAGCUUUUAAGAAGCUCCGGCCAAUUCCCAAUUCCAUUGCCCUUCGAUCCUUCUCAAUCUCCAUUUCCUUCAGCCGCUUUAAUUCCAAAUUGCUUUACAUCUCCUCGGAAUUCAUUGAAUUUUCGUCCCCGUCCCCCUUCCUUUAUUUCCCCUCCUACAUUACGCUCUUUAUGUGCAUUAGUGUGCGCGCGUAGCUUCAUUGGUAUGUGUAUCAGUUUUGCGAGAUAGACGUUUUAAAUCGUUUCGAUAAAGUGAUUCGCGAGUUUAAUUCGAGGCUCUAUUUAUGAUUGUCAUAAUAAACGACUGUGCCUUUGCAUAUGCGAGAUGUCCUCAACGACGGUAGAACGCCCUACAAAAAUAGGAGUCACUAAUAAAAAAGAAAAUGUAAAUAACACCAAGGCAAAAAGAAUUUCCAACGCUAUACAUAAGAAACACAAACACGAAGAGAAUCGCCAUUUCAAAUUCGGACGUAAACGAUUACAGAGCUUCACUAGUAAUGGAAAGUUUUUUCCACCUUAUAAGCGUAGAAAGAAAGAGGGUGGAAUUAUCCCUCCUACAAAGUUUCUGCUCGGCGGCAAUAUAUGUGAUCCAUUAAAUUUAAAUAGUAUGCAGGAUGAGGAGGUGAAUAGGGCUAUGAACGCAGUUACACCAAAGUCAAGCCCAUUGCCAACUCCAAAGCAUAGGAAAGAAGCCAUUGAAGUUAUUAUUCCACCUAAUAUAUGCGAUCCAUUGAAUCUCAUUAAUUGCAACGACGACGAUGAGUAUGAAAAGCAACUUAUAUCACCGGUUAAAAAAAAUAACAAAAAGCGCAACAGGAAGAGGAAAAAAGCAUCUAGUCCUGGAAAAGACGAUAUAAGCGAAGCUACAGAAAUUAAGGAUUCUAUACCAAUAGAGGAAGCGAAAGUCGAGGAAAGUAUUGUAAAUAAAAUUUUAAUAGAGCCGCAGAAACCGUCGUCUCCAUUAAAGUCACCGCCGCAGGAGCCCCAGCAAUCAAAAGUAGAUCUUCAAGCGAAGGAUAAAGUUAAAUUACGACUCAAAGGCCUAGAAGAACCAAAAGAUAAAAGAUUAAGGAAACUAGAUGUAAAAGAUAAGAUCGUUAGUCCUGUUAUUCCUCAACCUGGUGCAUGGAAGCCAAGAUUGCAGCAUCGGCCAAAUCAAGAUAAAAAGAAAAAAGCCCAAUUACCGAAUUUCAAUAGUAAAAAUGUAAGAUAUCAGUUUGGAAAUUACAAUAGAUAUUAUGGAUACAGAAAUUUGCAUCAUAAUGUGGAUCCGAGGUUAACCGUGUUUGCUCAGAGAAAAGAACUCUUCUUUGGAAAAGACAUUUUAGAUAUCGGUUGUAAUAUAGGCCACAUUACACUUUCCAUUGCAAGAGAUUUUACAGCUCGUAGUGUAACUGGGAUCGAUAUCGAUAAAAAAUUGAUAAAUGUCGCAAGAAAGAACGUUAAGCAUUAUGUGAAUUGUGUUCAAUCUCCAGUCAGUACCGAAGAUGGAGAUCAUAGAGAAUAUGAUACUAAUUACUUUCCUAUAUCUAUGCUUAUUAAUUAUGGACCUGUAGAUAUACCUGGUUUUACAAAACAUAAUGAUCAUAAAGGUUUUCCGUAUAAUGUUACAUUCGUUCAGGGAAAUUACGUAUUAGAAGAUGACGCCCUUCUAUCGUCGGAGCAGCCUCAAUUUGAUAUAAUUUUGUGCUUGUCGAUCACAAAGUGGAUUCAUUUGAAUUUUGGCGAUGCUGGACUAAAGCAAAGUUUUAAAAGAAUGCAUGCGCAGCUCAGACCUGGUGGAGUUUUAAUACUGGAGCCCCAAAAUUGGAGUAGUUACUCAAAAAAAAAAUCAUUGACUGAGAAAAUCUACAAGAACUACCAAAGCAUUGAAUUCUUACCGCAUAAGUUCACGCAGUACCUUCUCUCGUCGGAGGUGGGCUUUUGCAAGUGCGAGGUUGUCUCGGUGCCGCCCCACCCGUCAAAGGGCUUCCAGAGACCGAUCUAUUUGUAUACGAAGGCUGACGUCGCGAGCCCGGCACCGGCCACUGCCGUAACACCCCGGACGACGGCGGCGAGCGUCGAGGGCACCCCGACCGAGGAUGUCACGCCUAUGGAGACGGUCUCGGUGUCGCGCAACGAGCGCAGGCAUAGUCGCGAGCAGCAGGAGUACGACCGUAGGGAGUACGAGAGGGAGCUUUUCCCGAUGAAGUUGCUCAAGGAGCCGUGGGAAGGGGGAAAUCAGUCGAGCACGAGCCAACGGAGCGGCGAGUCUCUGAGUCAGUACGAGCAUCUCGAGAACGUGUAUGCCCCAAGUGCAACCCCGUGUUACGACACACCGGUGCAUAACGUGGAGGCUGCCCCGGAUCCCGAAGAUAUGUGUUAUCUCGACGUGAAGAUCGAGCACGAUCAGUGCCCUGAUAGGAGCAGCGACGAGGAGAGGAAGCCACCGAGCGACGGUCGUCAGCAGAGGCCCGAGGGUACGCGGGACGGAAACACGUGAGCCGGCGAGCGUCGAAUACCAGAGCGACUGAUGGGGGCAAGCGGCUCUGGGGUCUCGUCUCCCCCUCGCCCGCACUAUCACGCUCCAGCCCAAUCCAGCCCACUCCAGUCCACCCCACCAGCCGCGAAAACGAACUUUUGCCGAGUUUCGUGGCUCGGGGUCGUUUUAUUUUAUUAAGAUUGUUACUCGUAAGUAAAGAACGAAAAUGAAAGAAAAGUGAAGGGAAAUAUAGAGGAGGAGAAGAGGAUGACGAAGAUGAGAAGGAGGAUAUAAUGAAGAAGAGUCAAUAAUAAUAUGAGAUGCAGGAGCAGCGGUUAAGGUGCGGAGACAUUUGUGAGUGGGGGAGACCUUUGUGAAUAAAUCUCGCUGUACAUGCGGUUAUUAGUGGACGCGGUGUCACGUCUCGGAAAUGGCUGUGGCCCCGCGGUGCUACUUUUUUUUUCACGUUCGAUAAGAUAGGAAAAACGGAGCGGGAAGUCAAUUUGGUAAAGAAGCAUCUGGUUGGACUGUAAAACACCUAUUAAUAAAAUGAAGAAAGCGAUUGUUCUAAUAAUA